AUGAUAGGCUUCUCCAACUUUAUUCUUCGGAAUUAUUAUAACGCAAUUGGAUGGAAUGAGGACAACCUGUACAGCUCAAUAACGAGAUCUUCGAGUGCUUUACUCGAUUUUCAACUACCCCAAUCAUUAAUAUUGCAACUUGCCAAUGCACCUACCCCUAUCUUCUUCACAUCUUACGCUUUGGACGCACUACCUCAACUCAAUGGAAGUAUACAGUAUAUAACCACUUCGGAGCCCUUAGAAGAGAUUGGCCCAUCGCGCAGUAUCAACUUCAAAGAUGUCGUAGAGCGAUUCAGAGUUUUUCCACCUCCCAAAAGACCUUUGGCUAAAGAUGAAGUCUGGUUAGGAGGCAAAAGGGUCGAAGGUAGAGAUUACCUUCUCUAUUCGCGACUUCAUCUUCCAUCUCUCCAUCUUUCUGGGCUAGCUACAACCCGAUUAACACCUACUCUCCAAGCACAUCUUGCAUUCCUGUCACAACCUGCACCACCAUCAGCCACUCGACCCAUAUCACCUAACACACCUCCUGGACAUUCACGUCAACCUUCCGAACCAUCCGUACCACCCCCACAUCCACCCCCACCUGGAAACAUCCUUCUAUCUCUUCAACAUGACACCGGUCGAUAUUCCGGUGAAUACACUUAUUCAGCUCAAGAUGGUAUGUUCGGGCUGAGAGGUCUAUACAACUUUGGCUGGCAACCUACAGAUCUUAAAUCUUUGAUUAUAAAUGCAGGACCAGCUACGGUGGUCAAGGAGAAAUAUCAAGAUGCGCAAGAAACAGAAGAGAAAAGGAUCGAUGAAGAAGAAAUGAUGGAAGGUGGACUGAAAGGGAGAUUUUCAGCAGGAGGGGAAGUUUACUUUUCUGCUAAGCAAAGAAGUUUCGGAAUCUCGACGGGUCUGAAAUUCACUACCAUCCCUGCAUCGCCUUCAGGUCCGCCUGCAUCACCACCUACAACCCUCACACUCCUCUACAACCCCUUGAUCGGAUUUCUGUCCUCUGCCUAUUCUGCUCAGAUAUCUCCCACCGUGGCUCUAUCUACGAGAUUCGGGGUCAACGUGUAUUCUUACGAAAGUGAUUUAGCUAUUGGGGGCGAAUGGUGGAUAGGACGUAGAAGAGGCAAGAGGGAAUUGACUAAAGAAAUUUCUUCCCCUUCUCCAAUCGUCAAACCUGCUCCAGACGAAGAAGAAAGAAUAGGUGCAAUUGACAGUUGGCGAAAGGCGUCUUUGAGACCUGAUACUGAAACUACUCAAAGUGAAACCAUACGUGAGGGCCCUUUGAACACCACUGAGUUCACGAUAAACUCGACAACGCCAUCAAGGGAUGGAACCAAUGGAACUGAAACUCCAGAUGAUAGAGAUGGAGUUUUGAAAGCCAGAGUAUCGGGCAAUUGGUCGAUAGCACUAUUAUAUGAAGCUAGAAUACGAAAAUGUCUGGUAUCAGUUGGAAUCGUUUCGGAUCUCGCAAGUAGACAGAGACCCAUAAGAAGUGUCGGAUUGGAAGUACAGUAUUUCUCAUAA